AUGUCCACCACAGCAUCCACAUACACCUCCAUCGACCCUCCCUCCCCUUCCCUGCCUCUCCUCGCCCAAGAAUACAAAUCCCUCCACCUCGCUUCCCUCCUCCACUCCCCCACCUCCUUCACCUCCACUCAAGCCGCCGAAUCAGCCCUUCCCGACCAGUGGCAGGAAGACCGCCUCUGCCUGUCCGACCGCCAGACCUUCAUCUGCGUCGCCCACGAUAGCCCCGCCUUCGCCUCUCCCAGCAGCGCCGCCGCGGCGCAGGAGCCUAGGUCAGGCUGGGCCACGCCGCCCAAGGAGAACGGGUCGGCCAAGCCACGCUCCUCGUCCCCGUGA